UGUGCACCCAGCAGCAAUCCAGGCACAGCCAGCUGGGUUGGUACAAUCUGGAAGCUUGUUGCAAUAACACACAGAACAAAAAACACAAGGAAGAGCCUGGCAGCUGUAUAAAACUCCCUCUGAGCUCCAGUCUCCACAGAAGUUCACCAGCUCCAGCAAUCAGCAUGACCAGCCAGUCUCAGGGAAUCCAGCAGCUUUUGCAGGCAGAAAAACGUGCCAAGGACAAACUGGAGGAAGCCAAAAAAAGAAAGGGUAAAAGGCUGAAGCAGGCCAAGGAAGAAGCCACAGCCGAGAUAGACCACUACAGACUACAGAGGGAGAAGGAAUUUAGAAACAAGGAAACAAACGUAAUGGGCUCCCAAGGUAACCUCUCUGCCAAAAUAGAAGAGCAAACAACAGAAGCCAUCCGAAACCUGACGAGCAGCUACCACAGGAACAUGGAGAGCAUGAUGAAAAAGCUCUUGAGCACAAUAUGUGACAUCAGCCCUGAAAUUCACCCAAACUUCAGACCUGCAGUUUAAGAUACAUUGAUGUGUUGUGUUUGUAAAAAGUAGCCUUCUUUCUUGAUAAGCAUAAAUACUUCCUCAUGUAUUGUUUCUGUAUGUGUGAGAAAAAAAGAGCACUGAAGCCAAAAGCACACAAUUCCAUACAGGCUUUUGAUGUGACAGGAAUUAUACAGGGUUUCACAAGCAUUUGUUGGAAUAUUGUUUCCCGUAGCUAAGCCCCUGUCAUUUAGACAGGGGCAAGUCAACAACAGCAGAAUAAAUGAUUAUUUGACACCAGCAGGUUUUCAGUGGGAGUCUUUGUUCCUUUUGUCUUAUAAAAUGUUCUGUACUUGGAUGUUAUGUUGCAUAAAGUCUGUUUAUCCCAAUCUUUACUGUACUUCAAGUCACAUGAAAUAGAAUAUCCCAAAAAACUAAAAUGGAACAUUACUGUUUUCCUAGUGACACAUGGAGUGGUUAGGUUAUGGACCAUACAGGAACAUUUCAUUUGGGUCAAAAAUAGGUCAAAACAUUUUCAAUUUUUCUAUGCUAGUUUAAAGCAAAAUACAGUUUACUUGUAAAAAAUUAUGCUUAAAAGCCAUACUUAAAGUAUUUUCCUAAUAUUUGACUACAUCACAAACUUUAUACAGCUUUCUUAACUAUAAAAAAUGAGAAUAGACAUAAUCAUUGUUUAUAAAAUUGCUAUGGUGCAAGGGGCAGGCUAGCACAUCUAUUUUCUAUACAGUUACCCUGAAAGCACAGGAACCCAAAGGCUCAAACUCCACACCAGUUAUGCUAAAUGGUACCUGAAUCCACAGGUUUUCACCAGAAAUUGCAUCAGCUACAGCUCAUUUCUGUUACCCUAAGUGACCUCGGGUAAUACUUCCCUCUGCAAUAGCACACAUUUCCCUUGGAAUAAAUUCUACCAAAGUAGGAAAAUACAACGUGAUCUGUGCUCUCAAGGUGAAGCCCAUUCAGUCUGAUGGGAGGCACUGAUGAAGUGGGGAUCUGACACACACCUGUACUGUGAGCUCCUUUAAUGCCUUGAAUCCAGUACAAAAUUACACCAAAUUAGAAGAGAAGCUUGAGAAAUUGCAAUGACGAGCAAACAAUAGCCAUGAUAUUCAGUACACACAGACACAGACAAACCAUUUCAAUUUCACAGCUAGUCAGAGGCAAUCUCCUGUUCCAGCAAGGUUUACACAGUUGACGUGCUGUCAUGUGUAAAAUGACCAUAAAGUUGUAGUCAACCUGAUGUCAGCAAACAUUACUCCUCCGCCUGGAUACUAGAUAAUCUCCAAGCCCUAAUUGUUACAGUCUCCUGUGCUCGAUUAUAUUCUCUGGGGACCCAAGGAUGCCGAGGAAUGGGAAAGAAACUAGAAAUCCUAUUGACACCAGCUGAAAGGCUCAUUUAUUUAGGAGCACAUUGAAUCAAUGUGUGGUAGGCUUUGAUUUACCGAGGGGAUGAAGGACACCAGUCCCAGCUUAUGUGCAGGACCCACUGCAGGCGCCUUUCUGCACCACAGCUUGGGGCAGUCAGGGCUGUCACAGCCCAGGAGCACAUGCGUCCAGUUUGGGUCAUGGCUGCAGUCCCACUGCAGUGCUCAGCUGUGAAACACAGAUCUUUAAGCCUAAACCAAGUCACCAAAGUACACACUAACACCUUACAG